AUGAACGAAGUGGCUUGGCAGUGCGGCUGCUACUAUUGCUUUGCGACUAGUAGUAUUGAGAAGAUGACUCGAGCUCCAGGAGGAAGCAUCAUCUCCCUGCUUCUGACUACAAGUCGUGGUGGCAUGGUGAUGACCGGAGAAGGAAGCAAGUAUCUUGACCUUGACCUUGUUUCAGGGCACAUUGACGCGCUGCGUCACAGAAUCGGUCUCAUAUCUGACAUUGUCACGUAUGAUGUUGGAUCUAUACUAGUUGUUCCGAAUUAUAGUAGUUCCACUAACGCCGAGAGAGUUUUUCUUUCCUCCUGAUCCACAUGAACAACGCACUGAAGUCUGAGGCUACCGCGUCGCUUUCAUCCUUGAUGUUGUCGAGUCUUGGGCCUCCGGUUCUUUCGAAACAUGGAGCAGAUACAGCCCUACGCAAGCUAGCUCCUCAAAUGAAUGCACAGGAGCAACGAAGGAAGAUCAAGAGAAAGAAGAAGUCCAAGCGGAUGAUCUAUCCGAGCUGUCUCCUCCUAUAAUAUUGUGAAAAAUGUGACCGAAAAUUUACAGCACUUUCUUCGUUCGCUUUUUACUCUUUUUUGAGUGAGUAUCGGCGAUUGUACUAAUGCGCUUAGCCUACAUACACAGAGUCUCUCUUGACGCAUACCCCUGUCUUGAUUAUUUGCCCUUGAUUAUUUGUGAUUCAUUGAUAUCGGUUUUUGGCCCUUUUUUCACUUUCGUAGCAUCUUGUCCUCGCGGUUUCUUUGGUGUUUAGAUUUAACAAAAUGACCGAUACACGUCUUCUGACUAGUUAAGGUAAACACAAGGUCGAAGACUGCCGACAUUUUUGGCCUUUCCUUCGUUCUUUUUUCACUUGCGUAGCAUCUUGUCCUCGCGGUUUCUUUCGUGUUUAGAUUUAACAAAAUGACUGGCACGUGUCUAAAUACAUAGUUAAGGUAAACACAAGCGCGAAUACUGCCGAAAAAGGUGUCACUAAAGCUCUGCUUUCUGCUGAUCCUGGUACUUCGUCUAAUCUUUGACUACAUGGAUUCUGGGACUCAAAAACCUUCAUGCGUGAGCCCUCAUGUGAAAGAAGUAUUAGUGACACUGGAAGCACGUAACGCGUUUCCAAGAGAUAGGUAACAAGUAUACCC